GCUUGCUUCUGCUUUUAACGUGUCUCUCGCCCACUCGCACUUCAUAAUAAUGACUCUCCUCGCCCACGCUCCCAAUUCUCCUUCGUCUCUCUCUUAAAGUUUCCUGCGCCCGCUCGCCGCGCAUUGUGUUGGCGAUCAUACGUCAAAGCCAAGCAUCUCCGACCCUUUGCGCUUCACGCUACCACGGCUCCCACCCCUUCUCCAGAAGCGGCUAUCGUGUCGUUUUACGUCGCGGGCUCAACAAAAUGCCCCUCUUGGGCGGCCUUCAGUCUCUACGACUGCGUAACCUCCAGACAGCACCCGCUGAAUUCAUGUCUAUGGCGACCGUCCCCUAUUCUUCCGGCAAUGGCUUCAUGGAUGCCUUGAAGCACAAACCUCCUCCCCACAGCCAGCACCCCGACUUCGCCAAUCUAACACUACUAGUCUUCGAGGCAGUCCUGGAGGUCGUGUGCGUAAGCUUGCCGGGCUACAUUGUGGCCAGGAUGGGCAUGUUCGACGCCGAAGCCCAGAAAUUUGUCGCCAACCUCAACGUGCAGCUGUUCACGCCGUGCCUCAUCUUCACCAAAUUGGCCUCCCAGCUCUCCGCUGACAAGCUUGUCGAGCUCGCCGUUAUUCCUUUCAUUUUCGUCGUCAUGACGCUCGUGUCAUACAUCUCUGCCCUGCUCGUGUCCCGUGUGUGCAGUUUCCAGAAGCGGGCCAGCAAUUUCCUCAUAGCAAUGGCCGUUUUCGGCAACUCCAACUCGCUUCCGAUAUCCCUCGUCAUCUCUCUUUCCAAGACGCUCUCAGGACUACAUUGGGAUCGGAUACCGGGCGACAACGAUAACGAGGUUGCGGCCCGUGGCAUUCUCUACCUUCUUAUUUUCCAACAGCUAGGCCAGCUGGUGCGGUGGACGUGGGGCUUCAACGUGCUCCUUGCGCCUCCGGAAGCAUACAAAGAUGAAGAUGCAGGCAGGAACAGCACUAUCGAGCGUGGUGAUUACAGCGACGACGAGGCCGAGCGUCUCCUUCACGAUGACUCCCACUCCGACUAUGAGUCCGGAAACAUCACCCCAGAACACCGUCGAACCUACGCCGCCUCAUACUCUUCCAGCUCCAGCUCCAGCGAUUCAGACUCUAUCAUACAGCGCGAGAAUGCUUUGUCGUCCCCUGAGGUAUUGCCCACACCUUCGAAUGGCAAUGCCGUUCUCAAAGGACCAGGAAACAUUAUUGGCAACGGAGAUGUACCUCGUACUAAUGGUUACAUCGUGCCGUACAAGCCAGACAGCGUUCCCAGAGGUCCUAAAGGCUGGUGGGUGCGUCUGAGUAGAGCUGUUAAACGUCGCAUACAGUCCGUAUCUGGUGGAGUCGCCCGCAUCUCUCGACGUGCAUUCUUUGCCCUCCCUCAAUGGCUUCAGUGGGUUCUUUCCAGGGUGUACUCUUUCACCACCAGUUUCCUCCAUGGAUGCUGGGAGUUCAUGAACCCUCCGCUUUGGGCUAUGCUUGUAGCCAUCGUCAUUGGUUCAGUACCUCGGCUGCAACACGCAUUCUUCGACCCAGGCACAUUUUUGAGUAACUCAGUUACCCGUGCUAUUAGCCAAAGCGGCGGUGUAGCUGUUCCCUUAAUUUUGGUCGUUCUAGGGGCCAACCUUGCGCGCAACACCCUUCCAAAAGAGGACCAACAUUCGCUUGAAGACGCGGCUAUUGAGAAGAAACUGGUGUACGCAUCACUCAUCAGCCGCAUGCUCAUUCCUACCGUCAUCAUGGCACCUCUUCUUGCAAUCACAGCAAAAUUUGUCCCAAUCAGCAUUCUAGACGAUCCGAUUUUCGUUAUCGUUUGUUUCCUUCUCACGGGUGCUCCCAGCGCGCUCCAAUUGGCACAGAUAUGUCAGAUCAACAACGUCUACAUGGGUGCCAUGUCGAAGUUGCUCUUCCAGAGCUACCGUUUGGUAACUGCCAUGGCGUCUCUCAAUGGACCGCCUGAGACUGCAAGGCAAAGCUUGUCUCCCGGCAACUCUCGCUGUGACACUAUGGAAGGAGGCAUGUCACCACGCUCAGCCGCCACAAAGGUUGUUUCCAUUGCCGAGCCUGAGAGUAUCUCACCUUCAAUCAAGGGCAAGCAUAAAGAGUUUGAUCAGAAUUACUCACUCGAUCUCGACAAGGCAACAAAACAAUUUCGCGCGAGUGUCUCUGGCAAGCGACUGUCAGGACGACCAUCCAUUGAGAGAUUAGGGUCAUCACAUAGGGGAAAUACAUCCCUAUCUUCAAUCAAGUCUGAGGAUUCUGACCUAUCCAACGCCUCUCCACAAAGUCAACACCCACACGACAACCUCAUAAAGCAAUUAUCUGCAUGGCUGAAGCAGGAGAAGGCGAGGCGAGUGGCACGAAAAGCAAAGAGAAGGGCGGCGAAAGACGCCCCACAAGACACAGAUACCAGUGCAAGGACACUACCCGGACCGAGUGAUGACACCUCUAGUCAAGGAAGAAGAGCUUCUGAGAGCUCGGAAGGCUCAGUCGCACUUGAGCAAUUAGAAAGCUUGCUACACAGGUCUCUCUCUACAAAGUCUCCCGAGGACUCGCCCCGGAGACAUAGAAUCUCUCACGGCCACAGACUAUCAGCGAUGUUGAAACGGCACUCAGCCGUCUCGUCAGACACAGACUAUUUUGACGGAGUGGAACAACUUGUUCCCACUUGCGAGGCCAUACUCGACAAUUCUAAGACGCUAGCGUAUAGUGGAGGCGGUGCAGAGUCUAGCGAAGAGGUCGCGACACCAGGAAAACCUGGAAAGAAUACCCCGAAGGAAAAGGAGGCAUGGGCAACAUUCAAGUUCGAGAUCGUGCGGCUUGCACACACCUUGAAGCUGAAAGGCUGGCGCCGUGUGCAGCUAGACCGGAGUGGUGACAUCGAGGUUGAGCGCCUCAGCGGUGCGUUGACGAAUGCCGUUUACGUUGUUUCCCCACCAAGAAAUCUCCCUUCGCAAGGAGAAAAUCCAAGUGCGCUGCCGACACCCAAAAAUCCGCCUCCCAAGCUCCUACUUCGCAUCUACGGCCCACAGGUAGAGCAUCUCAUCGACCGGGAAGCAGAACUGCAGAUUCUUCAACGACUUGCUCGUAAACGCAUUGGACCACGAUUACUUGGCACUUUCACUAAUGGGCGAUUUGAAGAGUUCUUCCAUGCAAUCACACUGACUCCGCAAGAUUUACGCGUCCCAGACACUUCGAAACAGAUUGCCAAACGUAUGCGAGAGCUACAUGAGGGCAUUAACUUGCUGCCUAAGGAGCGAGAUGAUGGGCCUUUCGUCUGGCGCAAUUGGGACAAAUGGGUCCGUCGCUGUGAACAGAUAGUCACCUGGCUUGACCAGCAGAUCCUGGAAGGAAAGCAAGGUUCUGUCCGGUCUUCGGCCGAUACAUGGAAGCAGCGGGGGUUGAUCUGUGGUGUUGAAUGGCCUGUCUUCCGGAAGACAAUCGAGAAGUACCGGAAAUGGCUUGUGGAGCAGUAUGGCGGUCAGCAGAAAGUGAACGAGCGGCUGGUGUUUGCGCAUAAUGAUACUCAAUACGGCAAUAUUCUCCGGCUCAUUCCUGCUGGGGAAUCUCCGCUACUGCUUCCUGCAAAUGAGCACAAACAGCUUGUGGUCAUCGACUUCGAGUACGCAAACGCCAACCUUCCGGGGCUCGAGUUCGCGAACCAUUUUACGGAGUGGUGCUACAAUUACCAUGAUCCGGUGGCGCCGUAUCGCUGUAACACACCCUAUUACCCCACUCCAGAAGAACAGCAGCGCUUCAUCGGUGCAUACCUCAUGCACAACCCAACCUUCAAAGCCCCUGGUGGCUCGGCAUCCAAUCCGCCCACGCCAUAUCUCGGUCCGCUGCCUACAUCAAGCAGCACCACCGCUCUAGCUGCCACCGCAACAGCAACCCCUUCGUCCUCAAUCUCGACAUUUAUGUUAGACUCGCGUGCUCCUCCUGGUGACAAGUAUUCGUACCAAGAGCAAGAAGCGCUGGCGGAGAAGCAGAGGGAGGAAGAGACGAAGCGUCUUAUGGCGGAGACGAGGCUGUGGAGGCUUGCGAAUUCGGCGCAGUGGGUGGCGUGGGGGAUCGUACAGGCUCAUGUUCCGGGAUUGCCAGAUUUCGAUGCGAUUGAGAAACAGCAAGACGGCGAGAAUUUGGAGAUAGAUACGAUAGGGGGGCAGCUUGAGAGCGCUACGUUGGAGACGAGAGUGCAAGCAGAGGCGGAGAAUAAGAAUGAGAAGGAUGUUAAUGCAGAUCCUCCUAGCCCCGCUGAGGGGUCUUCAGAGGCUGAGGCGGAAGAUGAGGAAUUCGAUUACCUUGGCUAUGCUCAGGAAAGGGCUAUGUUUGUUUGGGGCGAUGCUAUUCGUCUAGGUAUCAUCAAGGCUGAAGAAUUGCCCGAGGAGGUUCGAAGUAACGUUAAGGUUGUCGAGUACUAGACGAUCUCCCCGCUUCACUAGUGAGUUGAGAGGUGGUAAAGAGGUUCUGGUAACCAGAAGUAGUUCGAGGUGCGAUGCAGGCUGGCCUUAUUUUUGGCGGUGUUACUUUUCCGCGAACUGAUAAUCACUGGCUAUAUGUGCCGGUCAUGCAUUGCUGCGUUCGAGAUGCCAGCGGUUUGGGAGGCUUUGGACAUGAGUAGUGUUAUUGGGGGAUGUUUGAAGAGCUCUCUUAGUCCAG